AUGGACAAGAAGGCCUCCCCCGUCGCUGCCGUGCCCCCCCCGUCUCCCGAUGGAGAGUCUCUGGGCAAGGUGGAUAGCCUCAAGACCCUGAACGAGCUCCUCUUCAUGGAGACGGAGGAGCUGCGGCAGAAAAUACGCGACCUCCGGUCUCACCUCGACCACCUCUCCCUCGAUCAUUCCCUCUCCUCCGACCUCGAGAACGACAUCACCCGCCUCGUACUUGCCUCCCGCCUCGCCGAGUUCGCCGAGGAGAUGACGGCUGCGGAGGAGCGGACCACGCCGGUGGAGGCCGACCUUGUGAUGGCGGGCUUGCAUCUGGAGUCGGCGGACGCGGACAAGGAUGCGAUCGAGAAUACUUUGGAUGCAGCGAUCUCGGAUAAGGAUGCCAUCCUAGAGGAUACUGGCGACAAGAAUCACCAUGCCGAGCUACAAGUGGCUGUCCUUCUUGAGGAGAUGGAGAGCUUAGAGGUGGCUCUUAAACAGAAUUUGUCAUCUAUCGGAACCCUGGAAGUCGAAAAGGCGACCAUGGGGGAGAAGAUAAAAUAUAUGGAGGAAGUUCUCAGAACCACUGAUGACCAACUGCUGUCGAUUGCAAGAGAGAAGGGAGAGAUCGAGAAAGAUCUGGAACUUGCAAUCAUGGAAAGGAACGCUUGCAGAAGAGAUCUAAAUGCGAUGUCGAUGGUGCUUGAAAAGACGAAGGAGGAGUUCGCUGGUUAUCAGGCAGCAAAUAAUGCUCUCAAUCAGGGGAUCGUUAAGUUGGAGCGCCAGUUCGAGGAAGAACACGCGACGGUCAUCAAGGAUGUAAACCGAUGGAUGGGAAAGGUUGGCGGCACCGAGCGGAGGAAGGAAGAGCUCGAACAACAGAUUAGUAUUCUUCAAACCAAGAUCGCUGAUCUGCAGGGAAAGGUCUCAAAGAGUGAAGCCAUUCGGCAGGAAAAGAUUGCUUUAGAAGAGAAGUUGGGCUCGGUAGAGGAAGCUCUCAAGAGCGCGAACGAGCGUUUCGAUCUCGUCGCAGCAGAGAAGGAUGGUCUCAAGAAGGCUUUGGAACAGGCAACCCUGGAGAGAGAGUCGACCCAGAGGAAGCUCACUGAUGAGGCGAACAAGUGUAAGGCUAUGAUUGCACAGGUGACUGAGGAGCUAAAGAUGAAGCUCGGCUUGAAAGCGGUCGACGAAUCGAAAGCCAAGCAGGAAGGCGAAAUCGCUACUUUGCAGGGACAGGUUGCAGAUCUCUCGUCUACUCUGUCUGCGCUUGUAGAUUCGAGCGGAGACAUCACUGGGAGAAAAGCCCAGCGGCAAGCUGAGAAAGAAGCUGUCUUGAGAGACCUUGAUCUUGAGAAGGCCAAGGUCCGCCGGCUGAGAUUGCAGUUGGAGAAGCUGAAGAAGGGCAGGGAUGAUGCGGCCAACGUGCUCCGGAAAAUGGUGGUGGUAAUUGAAGGACUCAUAGCGGAGAACAGGAUCAUCGAGACAGCUAUUGAUUCACGGAGACCGGAGAAAGAUUCCCUGGAGGAGAAACUGAGGACCGCCCAACAAGUAUCCAAGAAAAUGGAGGGGAAGGCCAGAGCUUUGUCCUUGCUAAGGAGUACCUCAGAGCUCAUCACUGGGUUGGUGACGGAAGGCAACGAGGACGGCGUUGGACGAGGAAUCGACAUCGAGCAGGAUGCGGAUGAGAGCAUGGAGCAUAUGGAAGGAGAACUGGAAGCCAUGAAGACGGCUUUGAAGAGCAAGCUGGCGAAGGUCGAGGGCAUGGACCAGGCACUCAACCUCUUGGGCGGCGCCGUGGAGGAGGGCAAGAAGAAUGGCGGAGAGUGGAGGUGGCUCUGCCCAACCGCGGCAACUUUGCUUGCUGCCAUUUCUUUAGCCUAUGCGGCCAAGCAUUAGCUUCAAGUGCUAGUCUCUCUUUGGUAGCCAAGGAAGAAGCCUUUUUCCUAUAGUUUGACGUAAUAUGAAUAAAAGGUGGAAUCCAACAUAUGCUUGUAGCAUAGUGUCUCUGGUUGCAAUGCAAAAGCAGUGAACUGAAGGGGUGGUUGCAUGUAAUAUACCUUUGUUCUGCAAAUAGUCACAUCCACUUGUGGCUUACA